AUGAAGAUGAAACGCUUUUUCAUUACACUCAUGUUAAUUACAUUAUGCAAAGCUGGUAACAGAUCAGAGUUAUUUGAAACACUUUUCAAACAAUAUGACCCAGAUGCCGGUCCUUAUGACAAUGCUUCCUUUCCACUUGAUGUCUCAAUGUCCGUCUACUUGCAAAAGAUUCUCGAUGUCAAAGCAAGAGAUCAAUCUUUCUCUUCAACGUUUUGGUUUUUCAUGUCGUGGAAGGAUGAAAGGUUGGAAUGGAAUCCUGAGAUGUACAAAGGAAUAGACAGUAUUCAUACAACGUCUAGUAAAGUUUGGAAUCCAGCCUUUGUUUGUAUUGUUAAUGACAUUGGUAUGGAAAGUUGUUUUCGAGAAGGUUCUACAGUCUCAGUGCUACACACUGGAGAAGUCAUAUUUUCUAAAUCGUUAGACGGUGCCACACAGUGUAACAUUAACGCAAAGAAAUAUCCAUUUGACGUCCAGAAAUGCUCUAUUGACAUAGGAAGCGCAUUUCGCAGAUCAAAUGUAAUAUUUUUUAACCUAACUUCUUCAUAUUUCGGUCUAGACUUGUACUCAAGGAGCGAAGAAUGGGAAGUGUUGGAUACAUCGAUUUCAAAAUAUUUCACGCUAGAAAGUCAUGAUAUGAUCUUUGAAGGGCUCCAGUUUGAAAUCCUUAUCAAACGACGGCCAACUAAUGUAAUUGUUUCUUACUUAUUGCCUGUGUUGUUGCUGUCCAUUGUUAACCUAUGCUCUUUCGUACUGCCGAUUGAAUGUGGAGAAAAGAUGGGAACCUCUGUCGCCGUUUUUCUGACGUUUGCUGUAUUCCUCACGCUUCUCAGUGAAUCCUUUCCGGUUUCGGAGGACACCCCUCUUUUCACUAUUUAUCUCACGUUUCAGCUUGUUCUCAGUGGUCUUGUAAUUAUCAUGGAGACAUUUGUGUUGAAAUACCACAUCGACAAAAGGAACUGUCUUGAAGUUGGCGUACUCAUGGACGGGAUAGAUGAACAAAAAGAAAGGCCCAAGAAAUCGCUGCGAAACAAGAUGACCAUUAAACGCCUCGAUAACUUAAUGAUGAUUCUCUACAUUAUAUUGAAUUUGAUUUCGUUAAUUACUUUUCUAGCUGGUACUCAGCAGUAA